ACCAUUCCUCUGAUAAUACCGCGUCCAACGCCUCCCUCACGAGGUUUCAGCUGGAAGCUCUGCAGCCGUGGUCGCUACCUAGGGUUUCACUAGAUAUAGGGGCUUGACACAAAGGCACAAUGAGGUUGGAGAAAUGCUGGUUCUGUUCCUCUACAGUAUAUCCUGGACAUGGCAUUCAAUUUGUUCGCAAUGAUGCAAAGAUUUUCCGAUUUUGUAGAUCUAAAUGCCACAAGAACUUUAAGAUGAAGAGGAACCCCCGCAAAGUUAAGUGGACUAAGGCUUACAGGCGGUUGCAUGGAAAGGACAUGACACAGGACUCAACCUUUGAGUUUGAGAGGAAGAGAAAUCGACCAGAGAGGUAUGACAGGAAUCUUGCAGAGAACACACUAAAGGCCAUUAAGAAGAUUGAUAAAGUCAGAGUGGAUAGGGAGGCCAGACACCAUGCAAAGAGGAUGAAGGGAAAGAAAGGCAAGGAGCGGAAGGAGGCAGCAAAGGAGUUGGAGCAGAGCAUCCACAUGGUCAAGGCGCCCGAGGCCCUCCAACAAGAGCCAUCUCUCACUGUACCAAAGGUCAAAGUCAAGGUUUCCCAACAGCAGUCGGAGGAAAAUCGCAUGGAGGAGUGAUAUUGUUGUUACUAUGGAAUGCGUUGUACUCGGUUCUUUUUUUCCGCUUAUUUUUGUGCCUGUAAUUCUAACAAGCAAGAUUGCAAUCCUGUUGUCUGUGGAGGCAAAAGAAUUUUGUUCCGGUUUUGUCUAAAUUUAGGUUUUGGUGAACCAAAUAGCUAUUGUUAGAUUCCUGGCCUUGUUUUAGUAUCUUAGGUAACCAUGCUUUUGUGCAUUACUGUGACAUUUGGACCUCUUUGUUGUGAAGUGUUUUUUAAAUUGAUUGAUCAUAAAUCUUUGUUCUAGAGAAAA